AUGAAGAUCCUCGGCCUGCCCAUCGCGAUUGCGUGGUCUGCCCUUCAAUUUCAUUACGUUUGGGCCUUGUCCAAUAUCACUUUCUAUUCAGACAGCCAGUGUUCGAAGUUCCUGAGUUGGAAGACGGGUCCCGACGAUGGCACUUGUACGCCUUUUCCGACAAACUCACAGGGCUACCUUAGUUUCAUGGUCACCAGCUUGGAUCAGACAUGCGCAGUCACGGUAUAUGGCAGCGAUGUCCCCUACUGCAGCUCAACAACGCUGUUCCUUGCCCCCUUCUCCGACUGCAUGACCGCUACAAACGUCAGCCAGUUCUCCGUCGACUGUCAGGACUUGUCGGUCGCAACUUCUGCCGUGCCCUCUGUGGUUCCCACCGGAGCUCCCAACCCUUCUACAGGAACGACCUCAUCUUCAUCUUCCAGCUCUGACUCGGGUCUUUCCGGGGGCGCCAAAGCUGGCAUUGCCAUCGCCGCAGCGGUGGGAGGGUUGUUCCUCGUCGCCCUCAUUGUGUUCUUGGUCGUCAGGAACAACCGUAAGAAGAGACAAGACAUGGAAUCCAAGAGGAUCCUGGAAGCGGACUCCCAGCCAGCGGCACCUCCCUACUCAGCUGAAAUGCCUCCCAACGAGAAGAAAGGACCGGUGGAGAUGGCAUCAGCAGCAAUGGUGCCUGUGGAAGCUCCCGGGGACGCGCACUGGCCACCUCCACAAGAGAUGCCAGGUGACUACAUACAUUCAGAGAUGGAAGGGUCCAGUCCCUCCCCACAAAAGGACGACAUCAAAACCGUGGUGUCAUCUGAGAACAAGACCCUCGUGGAGUCCGAAGCAAAGCUGGAUGUCAAAGCCAUUCCCGAAUCAGAACCUUAG